AUGGUGAGGAUAGUUCCGGUAGUGUUUGCUGCAAUUUCUGUUGUCUUGGUGGAUUCUCGAAUGCAGGAGACUGAUAAAGAAGCACUCUCAACCCUUAAACAAAUUGACUGUGUCGUGAAGAAGCUUAAUUGGAUGAUUAAUGUGACGGAGGAUCUACUUUUAAGAACUAGAGUACAUGCAGAGGAGGUGUAUGAGAAGAGGUAUUCGGCAGAAGAACAGAAUGCAGCGUGGAGAGAAUUAUUCCUACGCGGAAAACCAUUUAUGAAAAAAGAGAAGGGUGAUAAAAUGAAGGAAAUAUUAAAUGAGAUGGAGAGUGUUUUCGAAGGUGAAAGCUACUUACGGAAGAAAUUCGAUCUUAGUGUUUCUUAUAUGGAGGAAAAGGCAAUGGAUGUUGUAAGAACCGGAACCAGGUAUGCAGCCACAAUGGAGGAGAUGUACAGAGUUGGAUCGGAGGCAGUGCGCAUGCUGAAUAAUUCACAUGGCUUUUGUAGGAAUAAUGGGAUACAAGUCACGUGUGAUGGAACCUUAACUGGAAGGGACGUUUCUGAUAUAAUUACCGAAUUUGACAGCAGCAGGGACGAGCACGUCGACUUGAGGUUUCACAAUGGAACGGCGUAUAGCACUGGAGGAAGAAAACUGGCUGACAGAGUUGAUUCGGUGUCCACUUCCCAUGGACACAUCUUCAAACACAGGGGAAUAAGGGGUAAUUUGGGUAGGGACAAGGUCCUUGCGAAUAGAUACGGCCUGGUAGAAGAUGUGAACGUAACAAGAGUUUUCAAGUCUUUUCUUCCUCACCUCAAAGAAAUAAAUGAUGUAUCCUCAGAAAUUGAAGUCAUGCUUUCUAAGCUGUCGGAACGUGCUUCCAGAAUUGACACCCUCUCUGACAAACUCCAUUCCCUUUUCAGUAGUCUUAUGGCGUCUUCAGUAUAA